AUGGAGGUUGAGAUCGUGCUUGUAGUUGAGGUGAUAGACGGACUGCUGGUUGUGGUGCUUGUAGUUGUAAACACGCUGGUGGUUGAGCUGGAGCUCGUGAAGCUGGCAGUUGUGGAGGUCGUGAUGGUAGAGCUGGUACUGGAAGUUGUACAACUGCUGGAAGAAGUUGAGGUGGAGCUCGUUGAACUCGUGCUGCUUGUUGAGGUCGUGGCGGUCGAGGUCGAGCUGGUCGAAAUGCUCAAGGUAGCCGAACUAGUUAGGUGGGCAGGACUGCUCGAGGACUUCGAAGUUGUACUUCUGCUCCAGGAAGGCGAGAUAGGCGUCCUUGUGGAACCGGAAGUGGCCGGGUGUCUUGUCCAAGCCCCCGAGUCUGGAUGCGAAGAAUCUUCGACGGGUCCCGUGCUAAAGAUAUGUCCAUGGGUGCUGUAUGGGCUGGGAUGA